GUACCCUCCCGUCAAGCGUGGCUAAUCAAGGCACGAAAAGGUGAGGUUUGUCAUCAUUUUACCACAAUUUACAGUGUUUAUUUCAUGUAUUUUCAACUAUAAUUAUAGUGAGACCGUUGUACCGCGUGCAAAUAACGUGAAAAAUCGUCAUUGGUUCAGAAAAACAGAAAAAUGAGUAGCUCGGAGGAGGUAUCAUGGAUUUCGUGGUUCUGCCAGCUACGCGGCAACGAGUUUUUUUGCGAGGUGGACGAGGAUUACAUAAACGACAAAUUCAACCUGACGGGACUCAAUGAGCAGGUGCCUCACUACAGACAAGCACUAGACAUGAUCUUGGAUCUGGAACCUGAUGACGACCUUGAUGACAAUCCAAAUCAAUCUGACCUUGUGGAGCAAGCUUCCGAAAUACUGUACGGACUGAUACAUGCCCGCUACAUAUUAACCAAUCGGGGAAUUGGUCAGAUGUUAGAGAAAUUCCAAGCUGGCGACUUCGGCCACUGCCCCCGCGUGUACUGCGAGUGCCAACCCAUGCUUCCACUUGGUCUGUCCGACGUGCCCGGCGAGGCUAUGGUGAAGCUGUACUGUCCGCGAUGCAUGGACGUAUACACUCCCAAGUCUUCACGCCACCACCACACCGAUGGCGCGUACUUCGGCACCGGCUUCCCGCACAUGGUGUUCAUGGUGCACCCCGAAUACCGGCCCAAGCGGCCCGCCUCGCAGUUCGUGCCGAGAUUGUACGGGUUCAAGAUCCACCCGCUCGCGUACCAGAUCCAGCAGCAGGCGGCGGCCAACUUCAAGGCGCCGCUGCGGAGCCUCUCGUACAACAACGAAACGAAGACUUCAAGUAACAUUCCAAAAUGAUUAUAUAGGCGACGUGUGCGCGGCGGUCAGGGCGGGCAGCGCGGGACCGAGUGACGCCCGCCGCGCGUACACGACACCACACGAUACCACCAUCAACUAAUUAUAAUAUUUAUUCAACCGAUUACAUCAAUUACAUUUUAUUUAAGAGUGCAGUUACGUUUUAAAAACAUAUAAAAGUUUAUUUUUACGUUUUCUGUAUUUUAUGUUUUUUAUUUGUUUUGUAACUGAAGCGACUUACGAAUAGGUAAUUGUAAAAGUAAAACAUUAUUCCUUCCUAAACAAAAAAUAUAUUUUAUUUAUUUAUGACUUAUCCUAUUAUAUUAAAAAAAUACAAAUAAUUCACUAGGUGAAACAAAAUAUUUAUAAAAGUCAACAUAAUUUUAAAUUGAAUUGCUUUUAAAGCUUGAAUGUAUGGUUGCGUGGGGCAUCGUAGAGGCGGUACAACCGCCUGAGCGCCACGAUUGCGCGGCAUGCCUGCUUCAAUGGUAUAAACAGAGUCGGGACAUUUCCUGUUAAUACCAUACAACAACUAUCUGCGCCACAACUUGGCUAUAAAGACAAAAUUAAUACUUUGGAUGACACAAAUUCAACCUCAUAGAAGGCACAUUUGAUGCGAUACGAUUAAGGCGAGGUAAUAUAGUUGAACAGUUCUCUCAUCAGAGUAACAUUAUUAAUUUCACUAAAAGCAUUUUUAUCUAAUGUACUAGCAUUCUUCUUGAGAUAUUUCAUUGUUGAAUUUUUUAAAUAUUCUGCAUCAUACAUAUCUGCUAUUAUCAAUGUGUACAUCACAUUUGAUGGUGUUAAUUGCUUUUCUAGAGCUAUCUGGGACAAUGUGAAUAAACCUUUUAAAUUAUACAUGUCCGCCAAAAUAAGCACAUUCGCAAAAUCAACAUUGUCUAAAUCCUUUAUAGUCCCUGUAUAGAUGUAUUCCAACAUGUAUUUGAGAUCUUCUCCCUUCACAUCAACUAGUUUGACAUAGCUGUUCUGACUCUCUGCGGUUUCUUCUUUAAACAUAGCUUUGAACACUGUGCUGUGCGCGGACAAUAUGAUUUUGUGCACUUCAAAUUUCUCACCAUCACUAGAUUCGAUCGUGAAGUCGGACCCGACGGGAUCUUUGAAUAAUUCGCCAUAGUCGUGACUUAAUUUAAUUUCAUUAACUAUAUCUAAAUCCACUGCCUUGUGAGGCCCAAAAGAUACAGCUAUGAGGAAAAUCUUAUCUUUCAUAAAUUCAAUAUCAAGAUCUGUAAAUUUGUAUGUAGUGAUAUAUUCAAACCUAUUAAUAUUAUGUUCAUCCUCAUCUUUGUAAAGAUCCAACAGGCUUCUAGUGUUAUUAAAAUCAUACUCCUUGAGUAAGCGAGGCAAAUGUAUGGUAUUGUUCUUUUUGUCAGUCUUCAAAUAAUUUCCAACACUAACGGCCACAUUAUAAGCACCUUCACCAUAUUUG